AAAACAUCGAGUGUGUUUUCAUACAUAGAAGAACUCUCUCGAAUGCGAAUAACAAAAAGCACCGGAAUAUGAGAAGGCCGUUGAGACACAACAACAAGCAUGAUCUCUUCAACGACCUACCAGACGACGUCGUCGUUUUCAUUCUCUCCAAGCUCAGCUCCACCGCUUCUUCUCCUUCCGAUUUCAUCAACAUCCUCUCAACAUGCAAGAGACUGAACCAGUUAGGGAUUCAUCGUCUGGUAUUAUCAAAAGCUGGGCCCAAAGUGUUCGCCGUUAAGCCCAAAAAUUGGUCAGACUGCGCUCACCGUUUCCUCAAACGUUGCGUUAACGCCGGUAACGUCGACGCCUGUUAUACUCUUGGAAUGAUCCGAUUUUACUGUCUGCAAAACCGAGGGAGCGGGCUUUCGCUACUGGCGAAGGCGGCGAUGAGGAUGCACGCGCCGGCGCUUUACUCGCUCGCGGUGAUACAGUUCAACGGCAGCGGGGGCUCCAAGCGGGAUAAGGAUCUACGCGCCGGUGUGGCCCUGUCCGCGCGUGCAUCUUUUCUGGGUCACAUCGACGCGCUUCGGGAGUUGGGGCAUUGCCUCCAGGACGGUUACGGCGUUCGACAGGACGUCGCCGAGGGACGCAGGCUGCUUGUCCAGGCUAACGUGCGUGAGGUCGCUUAUGUCCUACGCGCCGUGGCGCGAGCGUCGCCACCGCGCUCUUCUUCGUCUAUGCUGCCGUGGCGCUCCCUGAGGGACUCUGGGUGUCCGUUGCUGAGUGAUUACGGGUACAACGUGGCGGUGCCGGAGGUUCAGCCGGCGAACUGGUUCCUGAGGGAGUGGUUCGAGUCGGGUCGGGGCGGGUUGGGCGAUGGGUUGAGGCUGUGCGCGCACAUUGGGUGUGGGCGGCCGGAGACGCGGCCGCACGAGUUCCGGCGGUGCUCGGUUUGCGGCAAGGUCAACUAUUGCUCGCGUGGGUGCCAAGCGCUGGAUUGGAAAUUGCGCCAUAAGAUGGAGUGCUCGCCGGCGGAACUGUGGGUUGGAGAAAACGACGGUGGUGCUGUUGUUGGAGGCGGCCACGGUGGUGCCGAUAUCGAAAAUGACGUUGUGGCCCAAAACGCUGCCGUUUGACGGAGAUUUCAGCUUCUACACACAACUCAACAACUUUUAAGUUUGAGAGAAAAAAGAGAGACAGAGAAAAAAAAGAAAAAAAAGGGCUUCGAUAAAUUAAAAGAUGGCAUUUAGCAGUAUGAUUUUCUGUACAGGGUGGGGCAAAGUUUUUCUUUUUUGGAGUCUUACCGAAAUUCCUUUGAAAAUUAUUAUUAAUUAGAUGCAUAGUGAAAAUUA